UGCGUAUUGGUGUAGAUGCUGGUGGUGGUGAUUGGUGGUGCAGGUGGUGGUGUAGCGCGGCCCCUCAGGUGUUUUUGGUGGUGCAGGUGUCGGGUGGAGUGGGACGUGGGCACUCCGCUGCUGCUGGAGUGGCUGAAGGACGGGGAGGUGAUCGAUUUCUCCGACGCCACCUUCGGGAACCGGUUUUCGCUCCUCCCGAACAACGCCUUGGUGGUAAGCUUCGUGCACCUCCAGGACGCGGGCGUGUACACCUGCCGAGCCUCCACCCCGUUCGAUUCCACCUCCGCUGCCGCCACCCUCACCGUACGACGAACAGUACCAGCCGGGACCUCAGCCACCACCACCACCACUACCACCAUCACCGCCGCCGCCGCCGCCACCACCACCACCGCCGUCCUCCGCCUUGACUACUGCCCACCGCCCUUCGACAGGAUCCAGAAACACGUGUGCGUCAAGGAGGUCACCCACAUGAAGCUCAGUUGGGACGAAGCGGCGGAGCAUUGCAGGUCGCAGGGUGGACAGCUGGCGUGGGAGGCCGAGGGAAAGCGUGUCAUUCAAGACUUCCUCGAUGUACGCUUCGGGCUGGGACGGAGCAAGACGUCGGCGAGUACUCAGUGGCCAUUCUGGGUCGGAGGGCGAGAGGGCGAUGACGGUGAGUGGCGGUGGCUGGACGGGGCGCUUGUAUCGGUUGACGUUUGGGCCCCGCACCACCGCAGACCCUCGGGCCGCCGCGCUGCCAAGGGGGACUGGUGUCUCAUGCUGGACGGCUACCAGGGCUACAACGGCACCGCCCUCCCUUGCCACUCCAAACGGUACUUCCUCUGCCGCCUGAAGUGAGCCCCUGCCCUGCCACUUCCCUUUCCUGUCACCCCAAGGAAUACUAAUGUCGCCCGGAGUUUCCUGAAGGCGAAGGGACACUCGAUUUGAAGUACUGGUAAAGGAGGUGUUGACUUUCUCGUUGACAACUCUGUUGCCCGGAGUGUGCGUCAAGACGACGAAACAAGACUCAAAACACACUCCAGUCCUCACUAAUAUUCUGCGCCUUCCCCAAAUACUGAUAGAACAAACGUUGACGUGGCUGUCGAUACUUUAUAUAAGAAUAACUAUGGACAUGAAUGAAUGUCGUCUGAAGA